CAUGAACCAUACAAACUCAUAUGGGAUCAUCAGAGGCCUGCAGUUUGCCUCUUUCAUUGUACAGUACUAUGGCUUGGUGAUGGAUUUGCUUGUAUUGGGAUUGCACCGGGCCAGUGAGAUGGCUGGGCCUCCUCAGAUGCCAAACGACUUUCUCAGUUUCCAGGACAUAGCCACUGAGGCUGCUCACCCAAUCCGACUCUUCUGUAGAUACAUUGAUCGCAUUCAUAUUUUCUUCAGGUUCACAGCAGAUGAAGCUCGGGAUCUGAUCCAGCGUUACCUGACGGAGCAUCCAGACCCCAAUAAUGAAAACAUUGUUGGCUACAAUAACAAGAAAUGCUGGCCCCGAGAUGCCCGAAUGCGCCUCAUGAAGCAUGAUGUCAACUUGGGUCGGGCAGUGUUCUGGGACAUCAAAAACCGGCUGCCACGAUCAGUGACUACAGUACAAUGGGAGAAUAGCUUUGUGUCUGUGUACAGUAAAGACAACCCCAACCUGCUGUUCAACAUGUGUGGCUUUGAGUGCCGCAUCCUGCCUAAGUGCCGUACCAGCUAUGAAGAAUUCACCCACAAGGAUGGGGUCUGGAACCUUCAGAAUGAGGUUACCAAGGAGCGGACAGCGCAAUGUUUCCUGCGUGUGGACGAUGAGUCGAUGCAACGCUUCCAUAACCGAGUUCGUCAGAUUCUAAUGGCCUCUGGCUCCACCACCUUUACCAAGGUAUGUUGGGCCCUAAGGCUCCAAUUCUCUGCCAUUCUCUGUCUGUCUUUGUCCUUUUCAACUCCUGCUGUGGUUUGAGGUUGCUCUUUCCCA